AUCAUUCGUAGUAACUUUGAAGAAUUUAUAUUGAACAGUAGACAUUGAUUAACAGAUCAAUUUGACUUGCUUAAAAGGAUGAGUAGUGAGAUGGCAACAUCUGGGAUAGUUGGGGUGGUCAGUGAUUAGGGUUUGUCGGCUUAUUGCAUUCCAGGAAAUUAUUUCUGUAUGUACAUGCUAUCUGCCAUGUCCAUUGAUCUUUUCAACUUCCUCCAGUAACUGUGUGACAAGUGCUAUUCCUAUUUGUAUAUUGAGUUCUGGCUGAACAAACAGCAAAUGAAGAUGUUUCAUAAUUCCUAAUGUAAUUGCAAAUGAAUCUUUUAAUCAAGAAUUGAUGGUUAUGAUUGGCAUUGCCCCAUUCUUUGAGCAUAAAUUUGUAUGGCGAUUGUAAAUCCUAUAGAGAUUACUCCUAUUGUACAAGACCGUGUUAUGGGGAAAGAAAGGUCUGUAAACACUAUCGGACACUGAAAUGACUACCUCAUUCCAAGAUAAACCAGAUGGUUGCCUCCUCAGCUAAAAAUAAUUAUUCUAUGGAUUGUUAAUAUUGUUGACAUCGAUGAGUUAGUUGGGUAUAGAGAGCAGUGUCUCGGUUGCUUCUGAUCCUUACUGCCAUCUGGCUUGAAGACUGAACUUUGACAUAGGAAUAGGAGGGUUGAGCUCAUCUGCAAUAGUGUUUGGAUUUAGUUUGCUACUACGGCAUCAAGCCACCCACUGAUGAGCUUGGGGAUCAUGACUUGGCCAACACUUUGUUCAGGCAUCUCAUAGGAGGAUUUUUUUUCAACCCUUUCAGAUUCUCCAAUGUUCAUAAUUCAGGUGAGUUGAUGUGGUUAUGCCUCUCAUUAACCUUCAUUUUGGAAUUCAAAAAUUAGAUAUUGUUAAUCCUAAGUACUACUGAACUGCGUAUGCAAGAGUUUGACCUUGAUUCCAUAAAUUCCGUGACACCAUUUGUGUUGCUUGGUGUUUAUGGUCUCGUAACUACUAAAUUGUAAUUUCACCGCCUUUUUUUUCAGACACACAUGGGCCAAUCUGUGCUGAGAAUUUGCUUUCACCAUAUAUUGAUGUCACACUCGUACAUGUUUUAGGCAAGGAACCUGAGGAUAUAUUAGCUGAAGGAGACAUGGAUUCAGCUCAAGCUUGAGUGUAGUUCUCCGGAGGGGAAGACGAUGACCAAUUGCACAGCUUGAAACAGUGGCAGCCUACAUCUGGAGAUGGAAGAACUAAGGUGUUUCAGAGACACAGAGGUACUCUUUCUGCAGAUCAGGAGCAUUAGAAAGAGGUCUCCGCCAUCAAGUCAUGGAUUCAUCAGGAAUGCAAUCACUGUAGCAUAAUAACAAGAGAUCACUGGUGGCGGUGGAUUGGCUGGAAAUGGGCAGUGGUGACAUCCCAGCGUUACAGACCAGAGUGGUGGAAGCUGCUGUUCCAUCUCUUUGUCCUUGAGGUGGACGAUGGGGAGGCAAGCCUCUCAACACUGUUCAUGUGGUCUCUGCCUCUGCCUGGGAAGGCGCACGUUCUGCAGGUCUGGAUUUCUCUCGAUCAGGAUGCUGUUCACAAGUUAAUGGCGAUCUGCUAUGAUGUUCAUCAUCUAAGAGCAAGAGGAGAUAAACAGAAUCAUAGCUUGUAUGCUAUUCUUGCCACUGCUAUUCUGUUAAUAUUUGCUACGAUUAUGUAGGGUUCCCAAAAUUUAUUGUUUGCUUUUCUGGUGCUACAAUGUUACGCUGUUUCUAUUGAAGCAUUGUACUACCGUACUCUGUGGGAACUGUAGCUGCUGAUCAAACAUGAACAGAUCGUGAGCCCUAAUGACUAAUGUAUACGUACUACUGGUUUACAACAGUCAAGCGAUCAUGGUCCCAUAAAAUAAGCUGGAAAAGCUCCGCGGGAGUUGCUUGGAAGCUUGCUGGUGCAGCUGUUAUUAUCAGUGCCCUUUUUUUCCACUAAAAUAGAAGAGGAGCGAUUCAGAGGUGACCAGCGGUAGGUGACUAGCACCACGGAGCGACGAAGGAUAGCAAUCAUCCAUGGAAGCAAAAGCUAUCCCGCUCCUGACUCCCUACACCAUGGGGAGGUUCGACCUCUCCCACAGGUAGUCCUUCCCUCAGCUCUUACGGUGAGCGCCCGUAAGGUGUUUGAUGAAUUGACUCACAGCCUGCAGAGCGGCUGCCUUGGAAAACUUUGAUGUCUGGAGGUUGAUUUCUGCAUAUGCAAGUGACCUGAGCAUGCAUCCUCUGUUGAUCUUGAUGCUAGGGUUGUCCACGCGCCCCUCACAAGGUCGAGGUGCUAUAACAACCUUCCUGGAGAGCAUGUCGCGCUGUACUACUCGCAGAGGGCAUCCAAGGCUGGCCUACUGAUUGCUGAAGCCACUGGGGUCUCUCAAACUGCUCAGGGGUACCCCAACGCGCCAGGCAUAUGGACCAAGGAGCAGGUGGAGGCUUGGAAGCAGGUGGUGGAUGCAGUGCAUCGGAAGGGUGGAGUUUUCUUCUGUCAGAUAUGGCAUGUUGGGAGGGCGUCUACUUAUGAUUAUCAGCCCAAUGGACAAGCACCAGUUUCUUGUACGGACAAGCAGAUCAUGCCUCAGGUUCUCAAGGAUGGAACUGUGGAGGAAUUCUCUACCCCAAGGAGGCUUAGAGAAGAUGAAAUCCCUCAAAUCGUCAGUGAUUUUCAGCUUGCUGCUAGGAAUUGCAUGGAAGCAGGCUUUGAUGGGGUUGAAAUCCACUGCGCAUUUGGCUACCUGAUUGAGCAGUUCAUGAAGGACAGCGUCAAUGACAGAACAGACAAGUAUGGUGGAAACAUGGAAAACCGCUGUCGCUUCGCUCUUGAGGUAAUUCAAGCAGCCAUCAAUGAGAUGGGAGCAGACAGGGUUGGUGUCCGUCUCUCACCAUACUCAAACUGCCUGGACUGCUGGGAUUCAGACCCAGACGCACUCGGCCUGUACAUGAUCGACGCCAUGAACAAGCUGGGUAUCCUCUACUGCAGCAUGGUUGAGCCUGAGGUGAUCAAAGUGGAUGGCAAGGUGCAGAUCCCUUACAAGCUGUUGCAUUUCAGGAAGGCUUUUGCUGGUACUUUCAUUGUUGCCGGAGGAUACAACAGGGAAGAAGGCAACAAGGCUGUUUCUGAGGGUUACACCGACCUAGUGGCAUAUGGCAAAUGGUUUCUGGCGAACCCAGACUUGCCGAAGCGGUUUGAGCUGAAUGCACCUUUGAACAAGUACGACAGAUCAACGUUCUACACACCUGAUCCAGUUGUCGGGUAUACCGAUUACCCUUUUCUUGAUCUUUCAUCUGUGUGAUUCCUUGAGAACAAAAUUAGUGCUAUAUAUACCUUGCUAUUGACAUGGAAUCCCAAGUUAAAUAAAAUUGUUGAACUCGCUGGACAGUAUUAACUCCA